AUGAGCGAACGAACUGGUAUGAUUCUUUUUGGACUCACUGGGCAAGGAAAGUCCUCUAUUGCAAAUAUGCUGAUUCAAGGUGACGUUUAUCGGGAAGUCACUGCGUUCAAAGUUAAUGAAGGUACUGCUGGUGUUACGAUAAAUUCUAGGGUUAAUGAUAAAUUUAUAGUGUAUGAUUUGAUAGGAAUAGAUGAAAUAGUUGAAGGAAGCGUUCCGCAUAAGAAGAUUAUCGAAAAGAUAAGACAUGGUUUUGUUACGCGUCAGACCUCCUCUCAAAAUUCUGACCCAACGUUGACAAAAGCUAAUUCGCGUUCAUGCUUUCAGCUUUCAAUCGGUCGAUUUAGGGCGCUUCUGAUAUCCAUAUUAUCCAGAUUUAUAAAAUCGAAUAUGAGUAAUUCGAAUAUGAGUGAACGAAACAGAAUUGUUCUUUUUGGACUUGCUGGACAAGGAAAAUCCUCAAUUGCUAACAUGCUGAUUCAAGGUGACAUUCAUCAUGAGGUUAAUGGCAAUGAAGGCAAUUUAAAUAAGUUUAAAAUUAAUGAUGGUGCUGUUGGUGCGAGUGUUGAAAUUAUAUGUGGCGUUAAUAAUGAAUUUGAAGUUUAUGAUACGAUUGGUGUAGGUGAAACAGAUGCUGGGAGUGUUCCGCAUAAGAAGGCUGUCGUAAAGAUAAGAGAUUAUUUUACGAGAUGUGAAGUUCAACUCAACUAUAUAGCUUACGUUAAAAAACAGGGUAGAUUUACUGAAGAAGAUCGUAAAAUGUUUAAUUUAUUUAAAAAAAUCUUUGAGGGAAGAGAAUUUUGGAGAUUAUCCUAUUAUCCCGGUAGAUUUUCCUUGGAGUGA